AUGCCGCCCAAGGAGAGAAAACAAAUAUCGGAACAGGCAAUGGUACUGACCAACUUUGAAUGUACACCUGUGAUGUCCACCUACCUCGUGACGAUCGCGAUUACCGGAUUAUUCCCUAGCUAUUCAACACAAAAGGACAACAUCAAAAUAACGUGGUUCAAAAGGCAUGAGGAGGAGCAAGUAGAUGUUAUUUUACGAACUACUAUAUUCGCUGAUAGAUUUUUAAAAAAAUACACGGACAACUUGUGGCAAAAUUUGAAAAUUCAUGUUGUUACACAUCCGAAUUUCCCGAGUAAUGCCGUGGGAGCUUGGGGAUUCAUAGUUUUCAGAGACUUCCUUUAUCAACCGACUAUUCAUUUUCCCGGUCGUAAAAUCGAAAUAUGGAAGGAAAUAUCAAGCCAAUUGACACGACAGUGCAUUGAGAGUCUCGUUAGCCCAAUAAAGUGGUCUCACCAGUGGUUAAACCAUGCAUUUGCAACAUACCUCAGUUAUAAAAUCGCUGGAAAGAUAAUAAAAAGAGACACUUGCAGACGUAGUGCAGAUUCAUUAGAUUUGACGAAUCCAUUAUAUGCUAAUAAAUUACAAGGGAACGAUGAUCAUUUAAUUGUUGUAGAAUAUGGAAAGGAUGUCAUGAUGCAACUUUUUGUAGUGCAGGUCUUACAGCCUGCAUUACAUAACGAUGAUGAAUUAAAUGUGCCACCUGUCAAACACAAACAUGACCCUUUUUAUUCUUCUCUCAUACAUAAGAAAG